AUGCAGCGUACUCCGCCACUAACAACACCUCCGUCACAGAAGCUAAAAUAUUCGUCAAAUCCAGAACUACCCGAAACGUGUGGCGCUGAUGAUAAUACUUUUGUGAGUCUCCGAAAACGUAAGCAGCCUGAUGAUAAAAUUGUUAAGGCGGUACUAGAGUUCGUUGAGCAAAAAAUUAAUGAUCAGCUCAGCUCAUGGAAAUUACAAUUGGACAUCACCAUUGCCGAAAGUAUCAGAAAUUCAAUCGAUACAGUUAUUGAUAGAGAGCUAAAGAAAAUAUCAGCGACUAUAAGUAACUCCUUUAAAGAAUUAGGAGAUAGAUUGGAUACAAUCGACAAAUCCUUAUCUUAUACGAUGGAAAGGCAGGAUAGUAUUGAAACGCGUCUGACACAGGUAGAAAGCCAGCUGAGAUCGAACGAUGAUGUAACCAGCCAGAUUAACCUAUUACAAGAUAAAAUUGAUGCAAUGGAGCAACAGGCGCGGCUUUAUAACGUCGAGAUUGCUAACUUACCAGAACGACGUGAUGAAAACCUUCUAUCUAUUAUUGAAAAGAUUGGUUGUGUCAUCAAACACCCUGUCAGCAAAUCGGACAUUGUAUCAGCCCAUAGAGUGCCACAUUUCGAUAAAAAGUGUUCGCGUCCAAAAAAUGUUAUUAUAAAAUUUACAACGAAAAUAAUCCGCGACAACUUCAUCACGGCAGCACGGGCAAAUAAAGGUUUAAAAUCAGACCAGCUGGCGGUACCUGGUACUAUACAUAAUGUGUACGUAAACGAACAUCUUACAGCUAAAAACAAGCAAUUAUUUCGAUUGUGCCGUCAACAAGCCACUAAGCACAAUUAUAAAUUCACAUGGAUUAAGCACGGUACUGUUUUGGUGCGUCAAACUGAGACAUCUCCUAUUUUUGCUGUACGAAGCGAGCAAGAUCUCAAGAAAAUUAAAUCCUAA